CGUCAGGCGCCCGGCGGCUCCUCACUCGCUCCGAGGCAGGUGCGGCGAGUGUAGCGCGGCGUCCUCAGUUCCCGGCCCCACCACUAUCCAGGCGGUUCGUGGAGAGGUGCAUUUGGCAGGUCCCUGAUGAACCAAGAGAACCCUCCACCGUAUCCUGGCCCUGGUCCAACGGCCCCAUACCCACCUUAUCCACAACCACCAAUGGGUCCAGGACCUAUGGGGGGGCCCUACCCACCUCCUCAGGGGUACCCCUACCAAGGAUACCCACAGUAUGGCUGGCAGGGUGGACCUCAGGAGCCGCCUAAAACCACAGUGUAUGUGGUGGAAGACCAAAGAAGAGACGACCUGGGAUCAUCCAGCUGCCUUACAGCCUGCUGGACUGCUCUGUGUUGCUGCUGUCUCUGGGACAUGCUCACCUGACCAGGCCAGUCCUCCUGUCCUGCCAGCUCUGCCACCACCUCCAAUAGGUGUGCCAGCCCCCAUCUCUUCUGAUUGCUGUAAUAAAUGACUAGCUCUGCACGGAAACCUCUACUUUCAGCACCAUGGGAAUCUAGAUUAGUGGGGGUUGCUGCUGUUUAAUUCAGUGACUUGAUCUUUUUGAUGUUCGAAAUACAUUUCUUAUUGAUCUUUAACAAAUGUGCUAAAUGAUUUCUUUUAUUGGCCAAAGGCUUAGUUAUGAAAUAUUUAUGAUUUUAAAUUACACAUUCAAGGUAGUGGCAAAAUGUAACAAACCACAGAAUAAUUUUUCUCUGCUAACACUAAGUUUCAAUAAAUUCGUCCAAACCUCA